AUGCACAUCUUGGGGGGCGGCGCAGAGCAGGUGGAGUGGGAGCUGCGGGACCUGCUGCGCAACUACACGACGCUGCUGGUGGAGCAGGGAGGCAACGCGUCGCUGCUCGCUCCCGCGCGCUCGGCCCCCUCCAGAGGCCGGGGCACGCUGGCGGCCUGCAUCGAGGCGUCGCGGGCGCAGCGCCACGGGGACUUCCUCUCGAUGUGCAAGGGCCUGUGGCUGGUGGCGUGGCGCGAGGGGGCCCACUGCCACCGCAGCGUCGCGGUGGCGGCGGCCAAGGCGCUCUGGGGGGAGAUCGCCGGCCGAGGGGCUCCAAAAGGAUGUGGCGAGCGC